GACGAAGAGUGAGUGUAUAUAAGAUGAAGUGAUCGGCCGGAUGUUUGUAUAGAGCCAGUCGAUUCACAGACUCGGAUUUCUAUCUACCUCUCUUCUACAACUUCACCAUGUGGUCAAGUCUUCUCCUUCUGGGAGGCGUGUCUUUGAGCAUAGCCAACCCAAUUGUUCGACAAGAUGCCAACCCUCCCUACAGAAACAAGACUCUAUGUCUUGACAAGCGUGUUGAUGACCUCAUGUCCCGCAUGUCCCUUGAGGACAAGGCAGGUCAGAUGUUCCACGGCCGUACCGUGGUGGUCAACAACACCUUUGACGAGACCAUCGAGGAGUUUGUCACCGGCAAGCGUAUCACUCACUACGUCCUCAGCGGUGGUGUGAAUGAUGUUCGAGGUGUUGCAAACUGGUACAAUAAGCUCCAGAGACUCUCACAGAGCACGCCCCUGGGCAUCCCAAUCACAAUAAGCAGCGAUCCACAGCACGGAUGGACCGAUGAGAAUGCUGUCAGCGUUGUGGCACAGGGUUUCUCUCGAUGGACUGAGCCUCUUGGUCUCGCUGCACUGCGAUCCCCAGAGCUGGUCCGUCAGUUCGCUGAGAUCGCACGUGAGGAGUACGUCGCUGUUGGCAUUCGACAGGCACUACAUCCUCAAGUCGAUCUAGCUACUGAGCCACGCUGGGGCCGUAUCACCGGCACCAUGGGAGAAGAUGCCAACCUCACCAGUGCCUUGAUGGUUGAGUACAUCAAGGGUCUUCAGGGCGACAAGAUCGGUCCCAACUCUGUUAUUGCGACCACCAAGCAUUUCCCCGGCGGUGGUCCAAUGGAGGAUGGAGAGGACUCUCACUUUCCCUGGGGCAAGAACCAGACCUACCCUGGUAACAACCGAGACUACCACUUGAUCCCCUUCAAGGCCGCCAUCGCAGCUGGUACUCGUCAAAUGAUGCCCUACUACUCUCGUCCCAUCAAUACGUCGUGGGAAGAAGUUGCCUUUGGCUUCAACAAGGGUGUAGUCAACGAUCUCCUCAAGAAAGAGCUUGGCUUCGACGGCAUUGUUGUUACCGACUGGGGUAUCGUGACUACCCGAUUCUGGGGUCUUGAAGACCAGACUGAGCUUGAGCGCGCUCGUCGUGUUCUCGAAGCUGGAUGCGAUAUCUUUGGUGGCGAGACCAAGCCUGAGCUUAUCAUUGAACUUGUCAACAAGGGUCUCAUUUCAGAGGCUCGAAUUGACGAGUCUGUUCGCAAGCUUAUGAAGGAGAAGUUUGAGCUGGGUCUUUUCGAUAACCCCUUCGUUGAUGUCGACAAGGCUGAGCGCAUUGCUGGAAACGACUACUUCAGCCGUCUUGGAAACGAGACACAGCGCCGUGCAUUCACUCUUCUCACCAACAAGGAUGACGUCCUCCCUCUUCCUCUGUCCGCUCUCAACGCCAAGUUCUACAUUGAGGGAAUCGAGCCCGAAGUCAUGGAAUCCCGCAAUCUCAGCGUUGUCGAGAACCCUGAGGACGCAGACUAUGCCUUCCUCCGCCUUGCCUCACCAUUCAAGCCCACCACAGCGCCCGGUCUUCCCGCCAUGAUUAACAACGGCAGCCUUGAGUUCAACACGACCGAAAAGGCUCGCCAAGCCAAGAUCUACGCGACACUCCCAACUGUCGUGGACAUCAGACUCAACCGACCAGCCGCAGUACCUGAAGUCGCUGAGCAGGCUGUUGCGCUGUUCGGUAGCUACGGUAGCAGCCACGAUGCAUUCUUGGAUGUUGUUUUUGGAACAGACGGUUGGGGUCCUGAGGGAAGACUGCCUUUUGAUCUGCCUGUGUCUCAGGAGGCUGCCGAGGUUCAGAAAGAGGACAUUCCGUUCGAUGUGGAGGCCUUGUUUAAGUUUGGCCAUGGAUUGAGGUAUAAGGAUACGUGUGACAGUUCAUAGUUGGUAUUCAUGAGAUGAAAUGAUGGUGAGAUGAUUUGUAAUGCCAUAGCUUUACUUGAUAAAGGGGCUGUAAUUAAAAUGAGCUGUUUGCGUAUACAUGAUUGUUUGAUGAUGCAUUGAUGUCUGAAUAGUGACAGUGAAGGCUGUGUUUUAGUAGUAGUGGUACACCUUGGUGCAAGCUGCAAACAUUUUCUUAGUAGUUAAAUGAUAGAUAUCACUCUGACCAUUAAUUGACCUUGUGUUUGUCAAGAACAAGUCAAUAACGCAUCAGACUCAAGCCACGUCUGGCCGUAAACGCGGAGUGAGACUGUCUUGGCUAAUGAAUGCAGGUUAAAUGGCCCGGAAAUACUGAAACCAAUCAAACGUAAAAGGAAACAGUUCAAAGCGUCUGAGCCUAUGUUUCAUGAUCUCCGAGGUGACUGGCCAAUGCUGACCUGCCAACUCAGACUGUAACUCAAGUAAAUGAGGCCCUUUCUACUGCCAAUAUCUACAGACCACAUCACAGCACAUAUACUCGGCUAAACAUUGCGGUAAAUUCGAGCAUCUCCAGCAAACACAGAGCGGAGAUAAGAGCGGGCUUUAUCCAUUGUUG